AUGGAGUAUACCGGGCCAGCAUCGCUUCGCUCUGCAACAGUGCGGGCGUCCAGCAAUGGUGGCCCAGCCACAGAGACGUCGGCGCCGCCCGUGUCGCAGCGCGUCCAGGACACGGACGCCCCAUGCAUCGUCAAGACGAAAGCCCUGAUGGCCUCGGCCGGCCGCCCCGUCGCCAGCCUCGCCCAGGGCGUCGUCCACUGGGCCCCUCCCCCCGCCGCCCUAGAGGCCGCGACCAACGCCAUGUCCGACCCGCGCUGCCACGGCUACGGCCCCGCGGAGGGCCUCCCGGAGCUGCGCGAGGCGCUCGUGGACAAGCUCGAGAAGGAGAACGGGCUCACCGGCUACGACGUCAUGGUCACCGCCGGCGCCAACCAAGCUUUUACUAACCUCGUCCUCGCGCUCACGGACGCCGACGACGGCGUCGUGCUCUUCCGCCCCUACUACUUCAACCACCUCAUGGCCAUCCAGAUGACGGGCGGCGCGCGGAACAUCAUCCUCGGCGACUGCGACGCGACCACGCAGCACCCGGACCUCGCGUGGCUGCGUCAGCGCCUCGAGUCCCCCAACCCUCCCAAGAUGGUGGUCAUCGUCAACCCUUGCAACCCCACGGGCGUCCUGCUGUCCCGCGCGGAGGUCGAGGAGGCCGCGGAGCUGUGCCGGAAGCACAACGUCUGGCUCGUCCUCGACGACACGUACGAGCACUUCGUGUACGGCGAGGGGAGUGAGCACGCGUGUCCCCCGGGGCCCAACGUCAUCCACGUGUUCAGUUUCUCGAAGGCGUUCGGAAUGAUGGGGUGGCGCGUGGGGUACAUCGCGUACCCGACGCCGGAGCUCGGCGCCCCGGCGGACCUCGGCGCGGAGAUCCUGAAGGUGCAAGACACGAUUCCCAUCUGCGCCACGACGGCGAGCCAGCUGGUGGCGCUCGGGGCGGUGCGGCAGGGGCGGGAGUGGGUGCAGGAGCGCGUGGACGGGCUGGCGGAGAACCGCGCCGUUGUGCUGGACGCGCUGUCGCCGCUGGGCUCCGUCGGCGACGGCAUCGCUGGCGGGGAAGGCGCGAUCUACGUGUGGGGGCGGCUGCCCGACACGUGCACGGAGCACGACGAGGACGUCGUCGCGUGGCUCGUGCGCGAGCACGGCGUCUGCACCAUCGCGGGGUCCUCCUGCGGCUGCCCCGGGUUCAUCCGCGUCGCGUUCGCCAACCUGGAGCCGAAGGACUGCGCGGAGGCCGCGGGGCGGCUCAAGAGCGGGCUGCAGGAGCUCGUGCGGCUGGCGGAGGCCGGCAAGCUGCCCUGGGCGCAGUGA